UUUGUAUUGGUUGUGAAAAAUUCGCGGUGUUAAUUGUUAGAAUUAUCUAUAAUUUCAUCCUAUUAUGUAUAUUAGUCACGACUACAGUACGAAAUGGUAAAUUACAUUUUUUUUAAAUUUGCGCAAUAAUUAAAUCCUGUUUCAUUUGCCGAUGUGGUGUUAGUACCACUGAUUUAAAUUUUUGAGAUUUUAAUUUGAGAAGGAUUGUAUAAUUUAACAUGUUGCAAAUUUGUACAAUAUGAAUGUUAUUAUGAAGGAAAUCAAGUUAUCCCAAGUUGAAGUUCACUUGACUAGAUACAAAUUGCUGUUGUAACUAUGGCGACUGAAAUGCUUCCUGUUAUUUACGUGCGUAUUGAUUUUAUUCGAUAUUGAUACAUUUAACUUGGUCGCGUAUCAAAUAACGCCAAGCUGCUGUUCUUAUAGCACAGCACAACAUUUUGCUAUUAUAACUUAUGUUUUUUAGAUUCUCAUUUCACUUGAGAUCUGCCGUUUUGUACUAAAAUACUAUAACAUAAUUGAAUGUUUGCUGUUGAAAUGCUGAUGAAAUCUAUUGCGUAUGGUGCGUAUUGCGGCUAAGAAUAAUGUUUAGAUUACUAAUGUUUAAAAGAAGCUUGCUGAUCUUUAAGAUUUUUGUAUUUCGUGAAGGUAGAUAUAAAUCGAAACGUAUUUUUAUGAAAGCGUAAGUAAUGAAGUAUAAGUGAGAUGUCGAUGGAACCGAAAAGAGUGUCAACGAACCUCGCUACGAUGUAUGGCAGGUAAGCCAAAACUUAGUUCUACGGAUUGGUUUCUGAACGUAUCUAGAAUAGUGUUUGGUGAUUUGAUGUCAUGGCGUGUGUAAAAUAACUGGCAGUCAGUUUUUUUUCUAUUGCUUUUUGCAAUGUGUUUGUUAAGUAGGCCUGACGAGUGAACGAUAUGGGUUAACGUACAUACAUAAAUCAAUAGGGUGAAAGGGACACAACCAUAUUCAUAAUAAGAGCAGUUUAGUAUUGAUUCGAAAUGAACCACUUUUGUGCAAGCAUUCUUGCCAAAAAAAUCAUUCUCCUUUUUACUAUCUAGUCGGGUAUAACACCUAUCACCCAAAGUACAGUAUCAGUUGUUAUGAAGAGUAGAUGGAAGGAAACAAAUAUCAGCGAAAAAUGAGACGAGGCUUGCCACAGGUCACGAUCGGAUGAAAAUCUGUUUCUGCACCGAUCUCGAUAAAUCGGUUCUGAUAAGCAAUUUUGAAAAGCGCGGCUGGGUACAAGUUACGGCGGAUGACGAUUGGAAUUUCUACUGGGCUGGAACUGGCACCUGUCGCAAUAUAUUCAGCGUUGACAGUGGAUACCGUAUGCACGAUAAUCAGCUUAUAAAUCACUUUCCGAACCAUUACGAGUUAUCAAGGAAAGAUUUACUGGUGAAGAAUAUAAAACGCUAUCGGAAGGACCUUGAACGAGAUGGGAAUCCGUUGGCAGAGAAAACUGAAGCAAACAUUCCCGGUGGCUCAAAAUAUUUGUAUUUAGAUUUCAUACCGAUCACGUUUGUCCUGCCAGCAGACUAUAACAUGUUUGUGGAAGAGUACAGAAAAAAUCCUCAAAGUACAUGGAUUAUGAAACCAUGCGGUAAGUCACAAGGUGCUGGUAUUUUCUUAAUCAAUAAAUUGUCCAAAUUGAAACGCUGGUCGAGAGAAGCAAAAACGUCAUUUCAUCCUCAAAUCGGCAAAGAGAGCUACGUUAUUUCAAGGUAUAUCGAGAACCCGCUGUUAAUUGGCGGUAAAAAAUUUGAUCUUCGAUUGUACGUUCUUGUGACAUCAUUCCGUCCGCUGAAAGCAUACUUGUUUCGUUUGGGAUUCUGCCGCUUUUGUACGGUAAAAUACGACACAAGUGUUACGGAAUUGGACAACAUGUACGUACACUUGACUAACGUCAGUGUGCAGAAACAUGGUGGUGAGUAUAACAACCAUCAUGGAGGCAAGUGGAGUGUACAAAACUUGCGUCUCUAUCUUGAGGGUACGCGUGGUAAGGAAGUAACGGAUAAGUUAUUUGGGUCCAUCACUUGGCUCAUAGUACACUCCUUAAAGGCAGUAUCAAGUGUUAUGGCCAGUGAUAGGCACUGCUUCGAAUGCUACGGUUACGAUAUCAUCAUAGACAAUACAUUGAAACCGUGGCUUGUCGAAGUGAACGCUUCACCGUCACUGACUUCAACUACAGCCAACGAUCGAAUACUCAAGUACAAGCUAAUAGACAACAUUCUCAGCAUUGUAUUGCCACCGGAUGGAGUACCGGAUGUCCGUUGGAGCAAAAUUCCCAGCCCAGACAUGUUGGGAAACUUUGAUCUUCUCAUAGACGAGGAAAUAGCGGCACAGGAUGAUAGUAUACAUAACAGUAAUAAUGGUAAACAUCGCUCCAACAGUAAUAGAUGGAAAUAAUUGUACGAAAAAUAAAAUGAAUGUCUUAAAUACUGGUGUUAACAACACGAAGAAAAUUUUCAAUUGAUUAUGGAGUAUUGCGACGAAAUCGUUCGCGUUCCCGUAAUAGUUAAUACCUUAACAUGAAAACGAAAAGUCAUGAACUAAAAACGAACUACAUUCUCAAACGGUUGAAUUGUCUUAAAUAAUGGUAUUAAAAUUGAAACACGUAUGAUAUAUUCCUUCGUUUAUUUGUUCUAUCGUUCGGGCUUUGUGUUUAAUGUUUUUUUUUUUUUGUGUUGUACGAAUGUGUUUUAGUUUUAACAUGCACAAAUUUUUAAUAUAUCUCCGAGGUUCUUUUGUAUUAUGUAGCACAAUCAGCCAUUUUAAUUCAUUAGUCUUUCCUAAUAGUUGUUGCUUUCGCUGUAAUUAUAUAAUUGAUUUUCUAGUUUCGAUUGUAUGUUGACUUUUGUUUCCUUAUGUGCGACUAUAUUUUUUCCUAUCCUUUUUUGCAAUAUGUGGUACGCGGUUUCCCAAACGUACGAUAAUUUCAAUAUUCUUUCCCAAUUAAAGUAUUCCAGUUUGGCUUUCACAUCAGUUGUGCGAGAUUUUCGUUUCAUAGGAAUUGCUGUUUUAAUUGUUUUGUACAAUCAUAACAUCGAAUUUAAACCAAAUUUCAUGCAAUUCAAACUGUUAGUUAGUUCCGUAGUUUAAUAGGUUGUCAAUAAAUGAAACAUAACUACAUAUUUAUGGUUAGGGAAGUGAAAAACAAUCAGGUUGUUAGUAAUCUGCAACAUAUAGUCAGUCAUAAUACGUAGACAAACAUCUACUAUUAUAAGAGUCAUGCAAGAAGGAUAGAAAGUAACAUUCCCUUUUUUACAAUAUAUUCAUAUUUCGGUUUGAUUGUUGGCUUAAUUGUUAAAAACAAAUCCAUCACACACAUUUAAAGUCUGCCACACCGAUUGCAUUGCUUCCAUUGAUUUGGAAAAUAAUGGUUUUACCUUUAUAUACACUCACACCGAUCGCCGUAUAUUUCUGCGCGUGCCUUUUCUGCUGGUUCAAAUAUAGUGGCUCUAGCAUUUGACAGCAUCAUAACACACAAAAAAAAAAAACAAAAAAUAAAUAAUCAAAUUGUUUUAAAUAGCAUGUAUCGACCAUGGUACAUAGUUACAGAGGAUUUUAUUAUUAACAAAAAAAAAAACGGUCCCUUUAGGCCGUAUUACUGAAUAAUGUGUAAAGGAUAACGGUAAACGAAAUUGGAGGUUGAAACAAUAUAUGGUAAAAAACAA